UUUAAGGCGCCGCAAUGAUGUUAGUACUUCACGAGUUGUUUUUACCCUGAGGAUGGCUAAUAUUAUACUCCUCAUUCUAGUCAAUCUACUAAUAUUCUCAGGUGUGGGAGUUUACCAUGACAGGAAUGGAAUUAAAAUAACCUUGUUUCUUACACUGGAUAAAUGGAAUUAUCAACCAAUUUAUUCUAUGGAUGAACUGCCUAUGACAUUUUCUGAAAUGAAUUUAACAGGCCAAUUUUUCGCAGCUUUUUUAUCCAUAGCUAUGCUAUUGGUUACAGUAAUGCUUCAAACAGUUCAUUGCCUUCAUGUUAAACAUUCAAAAAUGAUUUGUAUUCUCUAUGCUUUUGGUUGUGUUCCAAUAGCCCUGUUCAUUUUUGGUCUCGAAAUGCAUUAUAGCGCUUGCCCUUGGCUUGACGAUUUUUACCAAAGUCAGUUGUUACGUCGCAACUUCAAUUCAAUGGGAAAUUAUUUUGACACUCACUGUGGAAUAAAUGGAUGGGCAUUGGCUGGGAUAUUUUCUCUUCUAUCCUGUGGUCUGUUUGUAAGCGAUGGUUUAAUCUCCGCAUUUUUCCGGCAUGAAGAUUCUCAUAAUAAUAAUAUGGAAAAACCUGAAGCUGUUUAAU